UGACAUACUGGAGUGGUGCUACACUUCAUUAAUCAGUGUAAUUGUGGUGGUUUAACUUCAAUUGAUCAAUUGACUUGAUAUGCACAUAUCGAUAAAUGUUUUCUAUGCCAUUAUGAAUCACUUAAAACCUUAGUUUGCUAGCAAAUGCUAUACAUAUGGCAUACGUCCAGUAUUGAGUGGGCCGCUGAGCUAAUAGACGAUACAUUGUAUAAACCCACCUGUCUACACGGAUGAUCCACUCGUUUGUGACUGCAGGAAAACCGGAUUGCGGAGACCGUUAUGCUACUUCCGGAUUAUUGCUCAUGCUCGCUUCGUUGUGUAGUUCAUCACCCGAAUGAUAUUUCAGAGCGGGUUUUCAUAGAUUAGCGUGUCUCUGAAAGACGAGCUCCUCGUAUAAGCUCUGAAUCAAAUGUAAGACGUUUUCAUCUAGACUCGCGCAACUGUUGGAUUUACGCGUUUAAAUGAAACUUGUAAGAUUUAUGAACAGUCGUGCACCAUCUAAUAAGAGAUAUCAGCCAACAGAAUAUGAGCAUGCUGCUAACUGUGCCACACAUGCGCUCUGGAUCUUUCCCAGCAUUGUGGGUGGGAUCUUGUUGUACCUCUUAUCUGAUGACCACUGGGAGGAGAUUUCAGCAUGGCUGUAUGGAGCGGGACUAUCAAGCCUUUUCAUCAUAUCCACAGUUUUCCAUACUGUCUCCUGGAAAAAGUCUCAUCUCCGAUCAGUUGAGCACUGUUUCCACAUGUGCGACAGGAUGGUGAUCUAUUUCUUUAUUGCAGCGUCCUACACACCGUGGCUGACACUGCGGGAUCUUGGACCAUGGGCUGCCCACAUGCGUUGGGUUGUCUGGGUGAUGGCCUCUGGAGGAACUGCCUAUGUGUUCUUCUUCCAUGAAAGGUUUAAAGUUGUAGAGCUGAUCUGUUACAUAGCAAUGGGUGUUUUCCCCGCUCUCGUUAUCCUCUCUAUGGCAGACAGGUCAGGUCUGUGUGAGCUGUUGGUUGGUGGUGGGUGUUAUGUGUUGGGCAUGGUGUUCUUUAAAAGUGAUGGAAUAGUGCCCUUUGCUCACGCUAUAUGGCACCUCUUUGUUGCAAUGGGAUCAGGCAUCCAUUACUAUGCCAUCUGGAAGUACCUGUACACACCUGUCAAUCAACCAACCAGUCUUUAACUAGCACAUACAACAGAAAUUACAUCUAGCCUUUGUGAGACUACAAGCAGCAGGGGUCAUUUUGGACCUGAGGCCGUGUGCAAUCCUGAGACUGAUAAAGGAUCCAGAACAAGAACGUUCCUAGAAAAACUAUGGACGUAUUACAUGAAGGUUUACAAUUUUUUUAAAAGGUACAGAGCAAAGUUAAAAGCACUGCCAGAUAUUUGUAAAAACACUUAACCUGAGGUAUGUUUCCCAAAAGCAUCACUAGCUAACUA